AUGGCACCGUGGCUAGCGGCACCUGCCUUGGCCUGGUGGUUCAGCAGCUGGGGAUGUGGAGCGUCGAUUUUUUGGUUGAGUCCGGCGACCGGUGAGUGUCGGCGAACGCACUGCGGUCGCCAGUCGCUACAAGGUGAGGCUGUGGUUGGAGUGUGCAGCGAGUACCAGCGGACGGCCGGGGUCCCCAAGCAGGUGUACAGUGGCUGCGUGGGUAUACGGGUCGACAGUGAGGCCGUCAAGUCAAAUGAUGCAACGUUGCUGGUGGGGUUGCGUCGUGGUGGUGGUGGUGGUGGUAGUGGUGGUGUAGGCAGUAGGCAGGCGGUAGUCGUGGGGAUGUGUGGCUAUGCACUCCCAGGCUGGGGCAGAGAUAAGGGCGGCCUUUGUAUGGGGAGGUUUCUGGAGACUGGAGACGUCACCACCAUGACCUGGAGGUUUUGUCUGGUUGUGUUUCCAUGCCAUGGUCCCAUCAGAUCGUAUCGUAUCAUAUCGUAUCGUGCAGUGCAGUGCAGACAGACCACGCUCGUCGAGCGCCUCCUUCUCUGCUGCCCUAUUCUUGCCCUCUCCCUCCCCCCUCUGGACGUGAGACGAGAGAGAGCCCACAGCCACCCCCGACGCAGUGAGCGUCUAAGCAGCCAAAAAAACACCAGCACCCACAUCUCUGCCCACUCGCUGCCCGACGAGGCACUGUCACUGGCUCCCACUGCCAGUGACCUUGCAUUGUCAUCUCGGCAGACUUGGGUGUUGCACUGUUCAGACUCGUGGGAUGCGUGCGACUCUCGAGUGGUUUCGCGCAUGACCACCCUCAUUGGCCGCAUGACAUGGCCAAUAAUGCUCCCCAACACGCACACAAUUUACCCACUGGCUCAUCGCGACAUCACUCGCAGCUGGCUGCACGCACACGCACACGCACCAAGGGCUCGAGCACCGUGCCACCAAGCCGACUUUGUUCUACCCUCCACUACGGCCCGCCUUCUGUGCAUCGUCCCGGACACUCAGGUGAAGGUUGAGUCGGUAGACCAACGUAGGGCGAUCUCUGCCGACCAUCAAAUCACCCGAUAA